UGCCUAAGACUGAGCUGUAUAAGAAAUAAUGUCUGGCUUGCAUGCUGUGGAGUGGUUUCUGCCGGUUUAGCUGUAUUAAGCAGCUUUGGAUUGAUGCUCUUCUGUGGAGUGCUGUUUGCAGUCACUGUAGCAAACGCACCAUUUCUUAUUCUGGGAGUUGGUGUUGAUGACAUGUUCAUCAUGAUCGCUUGCUGGGAGCAAAGUUCAAGAAGCAAAACGAAAUCUGAUGUUAAAUCUCUGCUGGCAGAGACUUAUGCAGAAGCAGCACUUUCUGUGACCAUCACCACGCUCACAGAUGUUUUGGCCUUCUUUGUUGGCACCUGGACUGCUUUUCCAUCUGUGAGAUCAUUUUGCCUCUAUACAGGCACUGCUUUUGUCUUCUGCUAUAUAUAUACCAUGACCUUCCUUGGGGGAAUUAUUGUAUUAAAUCAUAAAAGGGAACAAGGAAACCGACACUGGCUAACUUGCAUGCCUGUGGGGGUAGAUAAAGACCAGGCAGAGAAGUCCUGCUGGUACAAUGUUUGCUGUAUAGGCAACUGUUCUAGGCAGUCACCUCAACCAGAAGGUGAGCACCCAAUGAGCAUAUUCUUUAGGAAGUAUUACGGCCCUUUUUUUACAAAUAAAUGGGUCAAGCUACUUGUGGUGUUGCUGUAUGGAGCAUAUUUGGGUGGCAGUAUUUAUGGAUGUACUCAGAUCAGGGAAGGCAUCGAUCUUCGAAAUCUGGCAAGUGAUGACUCCUACGUUAUUCCGUACUAUGAUGACGACAGCAAGUACUUCUCAGAUUAUGGGCCCAGGGUCAUGGUUGUCAUUACUGAAAGUGUAGAUUACUGGAAUGAAACUGUUCGUCUGGGUAUUGAGAACUGCACCAAGAAAAUAGAGAGCAUCUCCUAUGUAAAUAAGAACUACACAGAGUCAUGGCUGAGAGUAUACACAAAAAGUGCCCAGAGUGGUUCAAUAGAUAUAAACAAUAAGACUAUUUUCAUUAGUAACUUGCCUGAGCUGUUCAGAAUUGUUCCCAGUUUUGAGUGGGACAUUAACAAGACUCAGGAUAAAAUAGAAGCUUCACGUUUCUUCAUCCAGACUGUGAACGUGACCUCAGCCAUUGAUGAGAAGAAUCUCCUCAACGAGUUAAGAGAGACAGCCAAGCAGUGUAGUAUUCCCUUAAUGGUGUACCACCCCGCCUUCAUCUACUACGACCAGUAUCUGGUGAUAGUGCAGAACACCAUUCAGAACGUUGUCGUUGCUGCAGGAGCAAUGCUCAUUGUCUCCCUUUGGCUUAUUCCCAACCCAUUGUGUUGCCUAUGGGUGACCUUUGCUAUAGCUUCUGUUAUCGUUGGUGUUGCUGGUUUCAUGACAUUUUGGAGCGUCAACCUGGAUUCCAUAUCCAUGAUCAACCUGGUCAUUUGCAUAGGGUUUUCAGUCGAUUUUUCUGCUCAUAUUUCCUACGCCUUUGUUACAAGCAGAGAGUCAUCAGCCAACCAAAGAGCAGUUGAAGCUCUGUCCCUGCUAGGUUACCCAGUCUUACAAGGUGCUGUUUCUACUAUAUUAGGAGUAGUUGUCCUGGCUGCAGCAAAGACCUACAUCUUUAGGACAUUCUUUAAGAUCAUGUUCCUUGUUAUUUUGUUUGGGGCUCUUCAUGGUCUUGUCUUUAUUCCAGUGUUUUUAACCUUUUUUGGAAAAUGUGGCAUAUCACCCCACACGACAGAAUCUAAAAAUCUAGAGCUUAGGUUUAGAAAUGAUAAAGAUUGUCCGUGACCAAGUUAAAUGUAAUAUAUUCUGUAUUUAUUUUAUGUAGAUUAAAAUGCACUGACUUUCAGGGAAUAUAAGAAGAAAAUGAAGGACAGAAAAUUAAAUACAACAGGGAAGCAAAGGCUUUAGAAAAGCCAGGCCAGAAGAAUAACAGAAGAAGAAAUGAAAAUGCACAGAAUAGAUUUGCAUUUCUCAUUUUUGUCUGUGCAUGACUAACACCUGAAUGUUGUUAAAUAUAUAUUUUUUGUGACUUGUUUACUGAAUGUAUUAAAAUUACUAUAAAUACUGACCACAGCCUGAGCUUAAUGGACUGGGUUACAGGUUUGUCAUGCAGUGCAUAGAGGAGGGAAGAGUAACUUCCCCUGGCUUGCAUUUCCUGUCUGUUUACCUUGAUGCUGUAACUCAGCCCAGCACGGAACCUGAAGACAGUUUUCUCCCGAGAGGCUCAAACCUGGAGCUUUUACAGCAGGAUUACAAGGGGUCAGAUCUGCCUUGUACUGCAGGGACUCCCUAAGCCUUCAGGAGCCAAAGGCAGCUUCAGCUCCUAAUGCAGCACUCUCAGGGAAACUGACUCACAUUUUCUGUUCAGAUCUGUUUUCUUGGUGUCCCCUUUUCUUGUGAAGAU